AUGGAAGCGCGCGGCGAUUCCGAGCCGUCCGCGGGCUGCAGCGGUCUGGGCCCCGGCGGCGCUCCCGGCGGCGGUGGUGGCGACGCCCACUCAUGGGCCCCGGAGGACGCCUGGAUGGGUACCCACCCAAAGUAUUUAGAAAUGAUGGAAUUAGAUAUAGGAGAUGCUACCCAAGUUUAUAUAGCAUUCUUGGUUUACCUGGACCUCAUGGAGAGUAAAAGUUGGCAUGAAGUGAACUGUGUGGGAUUGCCAGACCUCCAGCUCAUCUGCCUUGUCGGCACCGAGAUAGAAGGGGAAGGGUUACAGACUGUGGUGCCUACAUCCAUCAGUGCUUCCCUCAGCCAUAACAGGAUUAGAGAGAUCUUGAAGGCGUCUCGGAAACUGCAAGGGGACCCGGACCUGCCGAUGUCUUUCACUCUGGCCAUAGUGGAGUCCGAUUCCACGAUCGUCUACUACAAACUCACCGACGGGUUUAUGCUGCCAGACCCUCAGAAUAUUUCCCUUAGGAGAUGAAGCCUGUGCUUCCCGGCGCUCGGCACGCGAGGUGGAUCCAGACGCGUCAGCCUGCGGCGUCUGUGUCUCCAGGACGGUCAGGGUCAGGUCGGGGUCAGGGUCAGGGUCAGGGCUGGCUUAGCUGCUCCCGUUCCGUACGUUUUCUUCCAAAGUACAGAACUUUCCCAGAUAGGAGGAUUUUGUUGUUGUUCAAUAUAGGGUAUUCGCUCUAAAACGUUCUUGUCUGGAGACAGUUUAAUUACAGUUGUAUACAGUCCGUGCCUACUUGUGUACAGCUCUGUGUUAAGGGGGACACGUGUGUCUGCUGCCGUGCCCUCGAGGCCGCCCCGCCGCUCACCGCUGCUGCUGUUCUCGUCGACACCGCCCUCUGCUCCCGCAGCCUCCGCGCCUCGGGCCCUGCAGCGCUCGGAAUGCCUCUCGCCCCGACACCUGCAGCGCUGGCUUCAGUCUGCGCUUCAUCCCGACAGAAAGUGAAAAGGUCUCUCCCUUGUUUUUAAUGUUGCAGUUGCUGUUCCUUUCUUCUUUGGUUUACUUUCCGUCAGGACUGUAAGUGUGCUCAUCCAGAGUGUAAGCGCACGUGUCUAGUGAAUGAGGACCAGCGGAGUGCUGCCCACAGGAGCAUCGGGCCUGCCUUCCCUUCCUGUCAGCGCAGCCCUCGUCAUGGACGAUUGCAAGAGAGACAGUGGGGGCCGUGUCAGCCUUAAAGACAGCUUUGUGAAGUAGACCCAGUUACUCCACUUUCGUUAUAAUAUAUUCCAAUUAAGUUGCCUAAGGUAUAAAAAAUUACAUGCACAAAAAUGUUCUAAGUAGCAUUACUUGUAAUUGCCCAAAUUGUAAACCACUUAAAAGUUUAUGGCAGGGGUUAAUAAACUUUUUCUGUAAAGGACCAGAAAGUAAAUAGUUUGUAUUUGCAGACCAUAUAGUCUCUGUCACAGCUUCUCAAUUCUGCAGUUUGUAGCACAGAAAUAACGACAGGCAAUAGGUAAAUUGGCAUGGAUGGCUGUGUUCUAAUAAAACUAUGUACAAGUGCAGGCCUAUAGUUUGCUAACCAUAUAUAUGUGUGUAUAUAUAUAUGUAUAUGUGUGUAUAUAU